CUCCUUUAUAAGGCAUACCGGUAGUUCCUAGAUAAUUAGAAGACAACAACGCUGCCUACCGUAUUAAAAUCACUAGUCUCAGUGUUUCUAUAACCGUUAUCUUCACCAAAGCUUAGACUUCAUUCUGGGAAAUAUGUCAGUAACCUCAGAUUUGAUUCGUGAAAAACUGAGUGCGGAGAUUGGUGCGAUACACGUGGAUGUAGAAGACACGACUCCUAAUAGAUGUGCUGCCAGUUUUAAAGUUCUUGUAGUAUCUCCUCAGUUUGAGGGGAAAGCAUUGUUGCAGAGACACAGGAUGGUGAAUAAUUGCCUUGCCGAGGAACUGAAAGAGCUCCAUGCGUUUGAGCAGAAAACAUUGACACCAGAACAGUGGGAGAAACAGAAAGCACAGUGACGCAUGUGCACACACACACGCACAAAAUUCAUUUAUGCAGCCAUCAAAUAAGACAGCAGUGACUUUUUUUAAUUAUUAUUUGUUGAUAUUUCCAUCUUUCCUUCCAAAGUAUAAUAAUACCAAUGUAAUGAAAAUCAGCUUCAGUUUUAACUGUCACUAAUGCAUAACAUCUUGUGCAAAUCAUGUGCUAUAUAAGGGAUCUUUGAAAUUGUAGUAUGCUGACAAUAAAGAACAUUUCUGGACCUAAUGUUUAGUUUAUAGCCAGUUUGUUAUUGUGUGCUACUUAUUUUCAUUUCUGUCUUCUUGGAGUGAGAGCUACCAAAAAGUUUGAAAGAUGGGUCAAGCCAAAAUGUUUUAAUAAAAAAA